ACUAUUACAAUCAGCUUGCAAAGCCCCGCCACACUACACGACUUCACCCAGUCCGCCACGCUUUGAGUUUGGGCCGAGCGAGCGCGUCAGCAGCUCCACUCUUAUCACAUAGUUGUGCAUUGGAUUGUCAGUGUAGAUGCAGUAACGUCCCUCGCACGACGACAACCGGCACGCAGAUGGCCGACGGCAAAGUCAAGGAUGUGUCGACUCGCAAACACAGCGCUACGCACAGCGCGGCUGUCGUCAUAUGCUUGCUAUGCUUCUCCGUAUGGCCUGGAAAUGGGCUUGAAGGAGCGGGAUUGCAAAUCCACGUAGACCGUCGCUCGCCGAGUCCGCCAUGCGACACCACACCUCUACCCUCGCCCUCGCCAGUCGCCGCCCCUUCCUACCCGCCCCCUUCGUACCCACCCCCUUACUCAUCCUCACCUUCGCCACCACCCCCGCUCCGGGUGAAGACCCCAAGACCUGCGAGUAUGUGGUCGCAAUAUUUGCUCUUCGGAACAUCUUUGUGCUGAAGCUGCUGAAUCCGGAGCUGGCGUGUGACGGCAGCCCAGAGAUCUCGGGACCGGUGUGCGUGCAUCGCUUCCGCCAGUGGGCGCUGCCGCCGGGCUGCCUGCAAGUCCACGUCGUGACAGACGGCGAGACCUGCCUUAGUCUGGCGGCAGCAGCGGGUCUGUCACUGGAGGAACUGCUCCAGCUCAACUCGGGUUUGCGGUGCGACAUGCUGCUGCGCGGAAUGCAGCUUUGCCUCCAGGCGCCGCUCUCCCCGCCCGAUUCGCCUCCGUCCCCUGCGCCACCGCCGUCUCCCCCAUCCUACCCGCCGGCGCCACCCUCCCCGCCCCCGCCGCCGCCGCCGCCGCCUCCUGCGCCCAGUCCGCCGCCGCCACCGGCCCCGGUGUCGCCGCGCCCACCACGCCCGCCGCCCCGCCCUGUGGGCGCCCCGCCGUACCCUGCCGCCAAGUGCGGCGAGAGCUACAGACUCAUCCAGGCCCAGAGCUGCGAGAACGUCGUGUCGUUCUUCGGUCUUCCAAGCGUCGCCUUCCUGGUGUCAAUCAAUCCAGGGCUGGAUUGCAGCGGUGCCCCGCGGAGGACCAUCACCAUCUGCAUUAACAGCUUCAAACCCUGGGCCCUGCCGGCCACAUGCAUUGCCACACACACCGUGUGGGACGGUGACACUUGUGACGGCGUGGCGGCGGCGGCGGGCCUUGCCUCGCCUGAAUCCCUGUAUGACCUGAACGAUGGACUGGAUUGCUACAACCUACUCCGCGGCAUGACACUGUGCGUGGCGACUCCUCGGCCGCCGUCACCUCCGCCGUCGCCACCUGUCCCCCCGCUCCCGCCCCCGCGCCCGCCCUCCCCGCCGCUGCCCCCGCCUCCUCCUCCGCCCGCCCCGCACCCGCCGCGGCGGCCCAGCCCGCCGCGGCCGCCGCCAACGCCUCCGUAUGAGCGACCUGCUAUCUGCGACAAGUGGCAUAUCAUGUUUAAGUACCAGUACUGCCGGGAUGUUGUACAGUUGUACGGCCUGGAUUCGGAGUACGAUCUGGAGUUACUGAAUCAAGACGUGGUCAUCUGUCCGCGAGCCCCGCAAACGCGGCGCAUCUGCGUCAACACCUUCUCCCAGUGGCUGCUGCCACCCAGCUGCAUCCAGUUCCACUACGUGUGGGACGGCGACACCUGUGCCUCCAUCGCGCAGCUGUUCGGAGUGCCGCUGCCCGACCUGCUGCAGAGAAACGCCGCAGGCCUGGACUGCACACAGCUGCGACGGGGCAUGCGCUUGUGCACCCGCACGCUGUGAGUGGAAGCCUGCGUGCAGCCCUUGGUGCACGAACCCGAAGCGUUUGGAUCGAAUGUCGAAUGCAAGUCAGUGAUCUGCUACUUGAUGCAAGGAGCAGAGCAGGAAGCGUUAUAGCAGGGGGACCCACGAGGGGGACCCCUGAGCUUACAUAAUCUGUUACAUAGUUCAUCAGCUACAUACGUACAUAUCAACAGGAUAGGCCAUGAUAUCAUAAACUGUACAAGCUGCUGGGAAUCUGGUGUUCUUAGCAUGUAGGAUAAUAGAGAAGCGGGCAUGGGGCACAAAUUUGCGAUUUUGCGGGCCAGCAGCGUUUUGGAAUAACGUCGCACACACUAGACAGCUGAACUUCAUGCUGUACUGCAAGCUGCAUGUAUUGUGCACGGUGUUUGCCGGGAGGGUGACGACAUUAUAAACCUUUAGUAAGCGGCGGAGUUAGUUGGCAACAGCCUGGUUGUCAGGCGGCGGGAGGGCCACCACCAGUUACGACACGAUGUAACGCGUCACGUGU